AUGUCCUCGCGCCCCCCCGCGGCGGCGUUCGCCGCUUGGCCGCUGGCAGGGUACGCGGCGCAGGGCCCCGCGGCUGGCGGCCCCCUUGGCGGCACCGCGGCCGGCGGCCUCGCAGGCGGCGCCGUGCGGCGCGCCCCGCCGCCACAGCGGGCGCCCGGGGGGGCUGCCGGCGGCGCCUCGACCGCCGCGGCCGCCGGCGCCCUGGCGGUGGCGUUGGCCGCCGCCCCGCGGUGGUUGGUCGGCAGAGGGCCACGGUCCGGCCACAGGGCCAGGCGCGGCGCGUGGGGCUGCGAGCACCGCUCCUCCGCGAGGAGAAGGCUGGCACUGCGCGCGGCGGCGCCUGGCACCGAUGCAGAGGUCAGCAGCGCGAGGCGGCGGGCGAAGGACGAGGACGGCGGCGAGGUGGCAGUCUCGGAGAAGGACGAGGGAGAGCUGGACUACGUGCCCACGCGGGAGGAGCUGCAGGCCGAGGAGUACGCGCUCCUGAAGGCCACCGGUGCCUUGGAGGUCCAGGCGAAGGAGGAGGCAAGGCGAGAAAAGUUGAAGUGGCGGAAAGAGAACCCCUCGCCGAUGGACCAGUGGGAGAUCGACAUGCAGGAAGCUGCGAACGACCUGAUGCGGCGGAGGUUGUACGGCGACCUCAAGCUAGGAUCCAAGGCGCACAAACGGCUGAGAGGCAAGAACGUCGAGGAGAAGGAGACGGAGAUCAAGUACAACCGCGGCUUUCCCGUGGCGGAGACAGAGGAGUCGCUCCGGGCGUGCGCGCUGCAGGAGAAGAAGUGGAUGGACCAGUGGAGGGCCAUGUGGCCGACGAUGGAGGCCGUGGACCCGCACGACCCCGAGUCGUUCGGCUUCAGCUUCAUCGGGGAGAUCUCGGGCGUGUUCGGCGUCCGAGGAGAAGUGCGCGUGCGCGUAGACUACGACAUAUCACGUCAGGGCUACGUGGCCGAUCGGCACCUGGGGCACCGAAACUUCAGCAACUGGACCGAGAAGCCCAAGAGGGUGCACCUGAAGGCACCCAAUCGGCGAUUCCCUCGACCGUUUCAGAUCAUCACCGGUAAGCGGGUGCAGCGCGACGUGUACGCGCUCCAACUGGCUGGCGUGCAGACCGUGGAGGAGGCUCGCGCGCUGAGCGGCUUUCGCGUGUUCGCGUUGGAGCCCCCGCCCGGGAUAGAGACAGAGGUCAACCCUGCGUACGGCUUCGACGGCGAGGACCUGUACGAUGCCGACACCACGACCUUUCACGUCAACGACGCGCUGGACCUCGUGGGAUGCAAGUGCUUGACGUUCACCUCGCAAGUCUCGGAGGAGGUCCUCGCAGACUUUGCCAUGGCCGAGUCGCGGGAAGAGGCGCAGCAGGUGCUCGACGAUGCUGGUGUUGAGGUGGUGAACUUCGGUGAGCUUACGGGAGUCAUUCCGGACUAUAGGAUCCAAAGGCGCAAGCGGGGACGGAUGCAGGCGCACAGCAUCCUGGAUAUCACCCUCAGCAAGGAGAUCGUGGUAGGUAGCUGCGGUUACCUGUACGAGCACAACCCGAACUCUCCGGAGGGCAAGUAUUUCAUGGCCAAUCAGGACCAGAGCCAGUACGAGAAGGUGACGCACGUGCCCUUCGUCCCGGAUAUGAUCGCGCGCAUCGACGGCGGCGACGACGGCAUCGAGCGGGCUGUGUAUUUCAGCCUUCCGAAAGAUCACAUCCAGCGAACCACCUUCACCGCCAGGAAGCGGCUGGUCGACGAGAGGGGCCUGCUCGUGAGCCCGCGGAACCCAGACGCGAGGGCCCUGCUGCCGCCGGCAGGCAAGUCUCAUGCCCUGCGCCGCAGGGACGGCAAGCGCCUCCCGCUGCAGAUCAGCACCACCGCGCCAGCCCCUCCUGAGGAUAUGCUGCAACCGGCAGGCAAAGUGUUCGAGGAGCCGAAGCCCGGCGUGCCCGUGCCGCCCAUGGAGAGAACGCGCGCCUCGCCGAACAGCGUCGUGACCGGGCGCAACCCGAAGAGAAGGAUGCUCGGCUUCUGAGCAGCGCUGACGAGGUGGCGUGAGGAAGGCGUCCACGUGUGCCCCCAACCCCUCCCAACAGGGGAAUCCUCCUCUUCCUCCUCCGUCUCACUCCACUUCCUCCUCCAUUUCCUCCUCCUCCUCGUUCUCCUCAUUGUUCUCAUACGGCCUUGCAACUUGUUGCGAGGAGGCUGGCGUAGUUGGCGUUAUGUUGGACCGUGGUUUGAGGGGCCUGCGACGCGCCCACGGAAAAACCCAAGAAGCUCCCAGAGGUCUCAUCCUCAUCCUCCUUUUUCC